ACUUUUAUUAGUAAACAAAAGCUUAAAUAAAUUAAUGUACAAAAAAUCACCUAAAACUCAUCAAUAAAAAAAUUGAAAUGGGGAUCUAAGGAGAAUAUCUGUGCUAGUUAGUAGUAUGUAGUAUCUAUGUUGGCUGCCCUGUCCUGGUGUUUUUAUUGUUUUGUAUAAAGAAAUGGCCAAAAAAACAUAUGAUUUGUUAUUUAAAUUGCUUUUAAUCGGCGAUUCUGGCGUAGGGAAAACGUGUAUACUCUUUCGGUUUUCCGAUGAUGCGUUUACGACGACUUUUAUAUCAACUAUUGGUAUAGAUUUUAAAAUUAAAACGGUCGAACUAAGAGGUAAAAAGAUUAAGUUACAAAUAUGGGACACAGCUGGACAAGAAAGAUUCCAUACAAUUACGACUUCAUAUUAUCGAGGUGCCAUGGGAAUAAUGUUAGUUUAUGAUAUUACUAAUGAAAAAAGUUUUGAAAAUAUAGUAAAAUGGUUAAGAAACAUAGACGAGCAUGCCAAUGAAGACGUCGAAAAAAUGAUCCUUGGUAACAAAUGUGAUAUGUCUGAUAAGAGGACAGUGAGCAAAGAAAGGGGAGAAACUAUCGCACGUGAGCAUGGCAUCAGAUUUAUGGAAACCUCAGCAAAAGCUAACAUUAACAUAGAUAAAGCUUUUAAUGACCUUGCAGAGGCCAUUUUAGAUAAAACGGCUGGUAGAGAGCCAGGUGAUCAUGUGGAUAGGGUACUGGUAGAUAGAAAACAGCAGUCAAACACUUCCAGGUCUUGCUGUAGUAAUUAGUUUUUACCUUUCCAAUUAUGCAUAAGAACUGAUUUCAAAAUAACAUUCACUAAACAAGAUUUUUUAUAGAUCAUUUUCAUUAGUAAAGAAGUCAGUUCAUUUGUGCUGUUGUAUGUGUCAUAAACCAAAAAUCUGAAUGUAACUGUAGUUGAAGACAAUUCUACAAAGCAAUAUAUUGCUGAAAGCUUCUGAUUUUUGGUUUUAAUAUUUUAAAUAAUUUAAAAUCAUUCAAUUUUAAAUUACAUAGGCACAAAUAUUUAAUUACUUCAUAAAUGUGCUUUACUUAUUACAUGGUAAAUGUCGGAAUACAAAUUAUUUUUGAAUAUUUUUAAUAUAAGCCAAUUGCUUUAAUAUUAUCCAGUGUGAUGUAGAAUAUAAAAAUGUAUUUUAAAAGUGUUAAAACCAUUUCACGAUUUUAUAUAGUCUUACAUUUUGUAAAAUAACAAUUUGGGAUCUUUUGCUCACAUAGUCACUUGAACGAAUAUUUAUUGUCAAGAUGCAAUAUGAUAUUAUUAAGUUUCAAGUUCAUAAAUACAAUUUUAUUUGUGCUUUCAACAUUAUAUUUGACAAAAAUACAUGAUAUUAAAUUUGAACAGAAUGGACCUAGAAGAAAACUGCUGUAAUAUUAGACUAAGUUGACAAUUUAUGUUUCUAUUAGAAUUAUUUAAGUUUCAUUUUUCUCAAAUAUUAGCCAUUAAUUCUCUGGUCCUGUACAUUAGUAUAUGUGUGUCUGUGCUUAUAUCUUAAUUUAUAUACGUGUUUAUUUGUUAGAAAAUUAUUCAGUUAAAUGUAGAAUUUGCAGCGAUUUAUUUACGUGUAUAAAAAUAAGCUUUUGCAGAAAUAAACAUAAUAACUUAA